CACCGCUUCUCACUCCUUGGCGAACAUAUCCUCUCCCCUUGUCUGACAUCCUCCCUCCAUCACACACACUCACCAGCGACUGACCUGCAAAGACUCCUCAACUUAGAGAUACCUUUCGACGAAUAAACCUACAACAUGACGCUUCCAGAAGCAAGACCAACCUCCUUCUUCUCCUCCCUUUCCCUCUCGUCGUUGUGCGAGGCCCUGCCUUCCCAAACGCAAGACGAUGCGCUGCCGUUCCCGCCACUUCCUGGGGAGAUUAUUCUACGGAUUGUUCAGCUCGCUACUCGUCAGGCCAUGUACAGCUACAGCACCCGCAGCCGCAAUGGGCAAUUGAUGAGCCCCAUCUACUCGUACAGGUAUAAUUGCCAAGGAUGCCAUGGCGCCCUGAUCCAGCAGCUUCCCGAUCCCUUGGACGACAUGUUCCGGACUCCGCGCGAUUCGUCCGACACGUCUCGAGAAGAAGAAAGGCAGCAGCGGACGCUCAAGUCGCUCUGCAUCCCCCCCGAUGAGCGAUAUCAGCACCUCUGCCGAGCGCCGGCGCGCGACACGUUUACGAUAAAGAGCUUGCUUCGGGUCUGCAAGGACGUGAGGAGAUGGACGUUGGAAGAGGCACUCCAUACUGUCAUAUUGAGCAACGAGCGGACAUUUGGCAGUUUUGUGAGACUUCUUCGGCGCGGUGGAGAAGACGGCGGCUGGUUAUCGCUCGAUCUCAGAGAGAGGGUCAAAAGACUGUGGAUUUCUGGCAAGUUGCUACAAUCAACCUUUGUCUCGACGCAACUCUACCAAUUUAUACUCCCGCUGCUGUACCGACUCGAAGCAUUGAGCAUCUGCAACGCCUCAACCGCCAAUACUUUCACAGAACGCGCCGGCGUCCGCCAGCCGUACCACAACUUUGUCUUUCAGGAGACGUUCAUUCCAAGCUUCAACACAGGCAGGAUCCUCGGCUUUCCGUGCGAACGAGUCGAGGCCGACGUGAAUGAUCUGGUCGCAAGACAGGAAAUUAUGGAUUUUCUCGUGGAUGAGAGUCCUGCGCCUCCUUCGCCAGCACGAUUCUCUGACAAGAACUUUCCAGCACCGUUCGGGACAUUCUUACGGACGUUGACGCUCACGAACACCCUCGUGCCUAAUUUUGAGGAGACGUUUGAGGAACGAGGCGGAAGAAGAGCAAAUCCUUUUCUCAAUGUCGAGCAUCUGCGACUCAUCAUGCCUCUUGUUCCGCUACGCGGAAGUCAAUAUCAACGAGGUCCGCCGAACUGGAAGCUGCUCUCAAAUCUUGUGCCGAAGCUAGGGUCUGGACCGGGUCAGGAAGGGAUGCUGAAGACGGUGGAGCUGAUCGAACCGUGGCCGUCAGCUCUGGGCGCAGUUCCCAAUGCGACUGGCCUCGAGACCCAGAGGUCUCUCUUUGACGCCCUUGUCGUCUACCCGCAUGCAGCAGGAAAGGCGACUAAAAACGUGAGGCCCAUCCGUGUCGUCGUCUCGUCCUACGAUCCCGAGACGUUCUCUGAUUUCUACGUCGAUUGGCAAAUUACGAGGGCCUACUACAACGCACCCCUGUCGAGUGCUUCGAUGCCAGGCGCGCCCAAGAGAAGAACGGGCGUCCCUCCCACCAUCGAGAUCCGGUCGUUGGCGCACACAAUGUCGCGCAACUGGGUUGGCCAGUGGGGUGCAGAACAUCAGCAAAUUAUUGCGAGCUGGAAUCUCGAGGCAUGGCUCGACGAAGAUCGCUCUAUCGGGCCCAGUGACCCUUACUUUGACUCUUCCACCGACUCAUUCACCGACUCGUCCCCCGACAAAGCCGACAACGACCCUCGAACUGUCAUUCUUUAGCCCUCUUCCUUGCUCUUUGCCUAGAUCUACUACAAUCGUUCAUGUAUCGUGAUUAUAUUGCUGCAAAUCUAGAGAUAAAUGCUUAGGAAAAGGAGUAGGUUGAGUUAUGUGUCCGAGCGGUGAUAUGUGGUUUUAUUGUCAAGUUCCUAAGAGUCGGCAUCGGCAUCUUUAGCCGUAGCCUCAUCAUUCUUCUCCUUCUCUUCCUCCUCUGCAGAGACAGGGGCGCUGCCUUGCAUGACCUCGGAUUGAACCGGCUCUGUCGUCGACUGCUGCUGCUUCUUCAUCAACACAAUUUUACGGCUCCUUGUCGCGCCGAGAACUGGGUC